AGGCUUGCUUUCCUGCAUCCCUUCUUCAGCUGCAACGCAGAGAAUGGAGUGGGUGGAGUUUCUGAAGCCAGUGAUUGCAAUGUUGGUAUUUGACGCGCUCUUCGCUCUGAUGACAGCAUUGGUCAAGAAGGCAUUGGCUGAUGGGUUAAACCACGUUGUCUUUAUCGCCCUACGCCAGUUUGUCGCAGCACUUCUGCUCACCCCAAUUGCAUACUUCAAAGAAAGGAAUACAAGACCAAGAUUCACAAAAGAGAUCUUUGCCUACCUAUUCAUGAGCGCAUUGCUUGGGGGAUUAUGUGCUCAGUAUCUGUUCUUCCUGGGGUUGAGCUACACGACAGCAACAUUCUCCAACAUGACUCCUGUUUUCACCUUUUUGAUUGCUGUCCCUCUCCAAUUGGAAACAGUUGAUGUGAGGAGCAAGGCGGGGUUGGCAAAAAUCAUAGGAACACUCGCGUCUGUUGGAGGCGCAACGCUAUCGAGCCUGUACAAGGGAGCUGCCUUGACACACACAUCAUCAUCAUCAUCUGCGAAGGGUAUUACAUCCGGCAUCAGCAAGGGGCGAUGGAUGCUAGGCUCCGUCUUGCUGAUUUUAAACUGCGUCAGCUUCUCGCUGUGGAUGCUGCUGCAAGGGAAACUCACAAAGAAAUACCCUGCAGUCAUCUCCAGCACUGCAUUCAUGACCUUGUUCAGCUCGAUGCAAGCAGGAGUUCUGGCGCUCACAAUAGAAAGGCGCCUUUCGGUGUGGUUGCUUCGAGGAAACAUACAGAUCAUAGCUGUUGUUUUUGCAGGAGUGGGAGUAUCAGGGAUAGGGUAUGUGCUGAUGACCUGGUGCAUCGAGAAGAAGGGGCCGGUGUUCACUGCAGGUUUCAUGCCUCUCAUCCAGAUCAUGGCUGCACUCAUUGAUCUCUUCUUCCUUCACGAACAACUUUUCCUUGGUAGUGCGGUAGGUGCUGCUCUUGUAAUCGGAGGCCUCUAUCUUCUCCUCUGGGGUAAGACCAAGGAACCAUCAGCUACUGCUUUAUUGCCAAAACCAGUGGAACAAGACACCGAGAAAAAAGCAAAUUUCGAAACAUAUUAGUAUUUAGUCUUUGUGAUGAAAAAAGUCAUCCCAAAUGACGCACCUAACAGCUACACACUUGAGUAGUCAUAUGUAGCCAAUGUCAAAAACUAUAAAUAAUUGAGAAUCGCAAUUGUGAGCAAAUCCCAUAUGACAUUUGGCUCUUUUUGUAAAUAAAAAAAAACCAAACAAUCACCGUAGCUAGCAGAAACAGGGACACUGUUCAUCAUGGAC